AUGCCCUGCGACACGGAGGGUCAGGUCAGAGCAGACCUGGUCAGAAUUUCAGCCCCAGCUUUGCGGCCUCAGGCAGUGACCACACACACACCUCUCCACUCCCUUGACCUUCAGGUGCAAUCUGAGUAUCUGCCUCGGAGGACGAAGGAAUCCCCUGGUGCCCACAAGGGCCGGCUCAAAGAGGGGGUUAUCUGCAGGGACGAGUUGCCUGGCUUUCCCCAAAAGCAUGUGGGUCUACCUGGCCCUGCCCAGCAGGCCUACAGAGCAAUUCGUGGCUCCGCCAGUGGUGUGUGUGUCUGUGCGUUGGAGAUCAGCUCCUUGUGGCCCUGCCAGUAG